GCUACAAAGUAACCAGGAUGCCAUUAAUGGUAGCCAGGAUGCAGCCAUUACUGCUCUGGUAACUGAGAUACCGUGGCAGUACCUGGCACACAGUUACGGUAACCAGGAUGCCACCAUUACAGUAACUGAGAGGCUGUUACCGUAACCAGGGUGCCGGUUACUGCCCAGGUAUUCCAUUAACACCAAGGAAUUCCAUGAACACGUUGCAGGGUCCCUGUGGCACUGGCCAUGGCAGUACCAAACAGCCAGAGCUCCUCACUGCAGCGGGGGGUCAGACAGGGCAGGAGUUGGGAAGAUGGAAGCUGUCCUGGGAGCAGGGAGCACCCAAAGUGCUGGGCAUCAUCCCUUGGGGUGCUGCAGUGCCUCAUGGAGUCGCGGCUGAAGAAACGUGUGGAUUUGGAGCUGCACCUUGCAGGCAGAGAGCAGACUGUGAUCCGCCGAGAUGCCCUGUGCCGGCUUGUCCUGGAUGAGCACCUACAGCACCAGCAAGAGCUGCGCCAGCAGGGGAAAGCCUUCUAUGUGGAACGGCUCUGAGUGCUCAGCCCAGUGUGUGGCACUGGCCUGGCAUUGCCCAGCUCCUGACUGAGAGUAAAAUAUGUCGAGCAAGUCAGGCUGUAUCUGCUGCAUGUGAGGCAUGGGACAGCCCAGGGCAGCAGUGGGGGGAAGACAGCCCAGCACAAUUCCUGUGGCUGGGAUCCAGACAUGUCGCCUGCAACCCUGGGUGCCCUGAA